AUCAACAACGACCAAUCAAACCCUAAGAAGUCGAACCAGAAUUGGAUCCCGAUCUCACCGAUAAACGAUUCGAACAAGGAGAAUCCUCAUCUGGUCAACGCCGCUCCGGCGAAGAUUGAGUCAAUCGAUGUGUCCCUGGCGGAGGAGCUGAGCGCGAUCCGCCAGAAGAUCGAACGGCUGAGAUUGGACAGAGAGAAGACGGAGAAGAUGCUGAGACAGAGGGAUUUGGUGAUGGAGACGAAUUUGAAGGAGAUGGUGAACAGAGGUGAGGUCCAGAAGCUUCUUGAGAUCGAGGUCGAUAGGUUGUUUCGGCUGAAGGAACUCAAAUCUUCGUGUAUGAGAAUAUCUCCGCUUCGAUCUCUGAGACAGAAGCAACAGAACUGGGCGAUCAAGGAAGACCAAUCACAGGACAUGAACGAGGAGGAGGAGGGAAGUGAAUCUAAAGAUGAUAAUAGCCCAGUGAGAAGUCCCAGUUCAGAAAUUCAUACAGAGAAAUGAAAUUUUACUUUCUUGUUAAAUUAAAAUUUUCCAUUUUCAAAUUGUUAGUAUAACAUCCUGUUGUAUUUCUCGUAUAAUAAUGACAACUGUUUGUUUUGCCCUGCUCUUGAAAAAA